ACUACCGCGCGAAUUCAACAGGACGGCUGGAAAAGAACGAUGACGUUUAUGAGGAUACGAAACUUUCAUUGUACAUUUCUUUUUUUACUAUGUUGUACCCCGGUCCCAUAUAGUAAGGAAAGACGACCAGACGCUGCUAAAUUUAGUAAGCUAUCAGAAGAGUGUUUACCAACGACAAACGCGUUGGGUUUAAACUUCUGGCUGGCCACGUCUUAGGGUCAUCACUGCCCCACUAGGGGGGGGAGUGAUCUGUAGCGGUAAAUAAAUCCCCAAACUAAAUAGCUCAAUAGGUUUUCGACAUUGGAUGCUGACCAUAUGUUUUAGUGGACUCAUCUAGCUGAAGGCGCUCGGUCAUGCAUCCGCACCAGAUCACGUGCUGUCACGCUGUGCUCAACAACAAUCGCAAUCACUAGCCAGAUUAGAUCAGAGAUUCCCGAUAUAUUGGUUAUUGCCAAAUACACUCUUCCGAUCUCCUCGACUCUGUCUUUUGAUUUCUCUCGGUGGGAACAAAGCAUAUUAGAAGGUGUUAUUGGUAGAAGCGUUGUCAAACACUGAAUACCUGUAUCAUCCUCACCCUUUACUACCGACCCCUCACAUAACAACGGCUCCCACGUAUAUCAACAGUCGCAACUCCCAGUUACGCGUAGCAGACCCCUCUCACGCUAACGUAAAUAGCCAUAACAGAGGCUACGAGUCUAACCAUCAAGACUAUUUUGUAAAUAACCAUACACUUCACAGUAGGCCUGUACAAGAUUUUUUUGGAAUAAGACCCCUAGUGACACCUCUGUUGAAGCAUAUAGCCCAGGUUAUUUCAAACCAUAUGCAAACCAUAAAUUUGUUUCCUUCGUACAGUUUCCAUCACAGAGUACUCCCACCCUUUCCUCCUGGGUAAACUCCCCAAUCAACUUCACUAGCUCAUUUGAUACAUCUCCCACUAAAUCUAGCUAUCAAAAUACCGAGCUAAUGAAGAACAUUCAAUCCCUCAUUUCAAACUCAUCUCACACCCGCGAGGGUUACGACGACUUUAUCCGAGAUACCCUCAACCAUUUUAACUUAGUAGGCCACUUGCUUAAUAUAUGUCUUAUCAACGCUCGGUCGAUCUGCAACAAAAAGACGGAUUUAGCCCUGUUUGUAUCCAUAUAUCAACCAUCAGUUAUUAUGAUAUCUGAAGCAUGGACUAACAGUAAUAUUUCCGACCAAAGUAUAUCUUUUGAUAACUAUUUCCUGUAUAGAAGUGACAGAUUGAAUGGACGAGGCGGAGGAUGCCUUAUUUACGCUCACUCUAGCCUAAACUCACUACUAUGUGAUAUGCCUGAACUAAACAAACUGAAGGAUUCGGUGUGGAUUGUAUUAAAGCUGUCGAAUUCCGUUACCUUACUGCUCGGCUGUGUUUAUCGUCAACCUAACGCAUCAAUAGAUGAUAUGGCAGUAUUAUCGGAGGUAUUCACACUAGCAUCAUCCCUCUCAUUCACAGGCAAGCUCAUUUGUGGUGACUUCAAUAUGCCCGAAAUUUCUUGGCUGCCAGUCAAAGCGCCGAGACGUUAUGAAUCAUUUAUUGAAUGUCUAGAGCUCGGACAAUGGACUCAGUAUGUCGAUAGCCCUACCAGACAUCAAAACAUCUUGGACUUAGUCUUUACCAGUGGCCUCAUCCCCAAUACUUUGUAUAUUGGAAAAAAGUUCCCAGGUAGUGAUCAUAACAUUGUCAUAUGCAGCCUUAAUGUAAAAACCACAACCAAUAGAAGCAAAACCGUAACACUUCGUAGAAACUAUCGCAAGGUUGAUUGGAAUAACUUCCACAAUUACCUAAGAAGCACUGAUUGGGGAACUUUCUUUACCUCAAACAAUACCGACACAUUAACCAAUAUAUUUUAUCACAACAUCAAAAGUAUCAUCAACAACGUCGCACCUUUAGAAUACUGUAAACCUGCGUUCUCCAAAGAUCUCUAUAUACCGGUCAGUACAAGAAGACGUCUUCAAAGACAUUGUACUCAAUUCCACAACUUAAAUGACUUUUCCUCUUUAGUAACGAUGACAGAAAUACUUGUCCGAACAGAGGCAAUAAGUAAACAAAAAGCAGUAGCACAGGAAAAACGUGCAGUUGAACUUAAUGAUAACUCCUCUGCACUCACCAUACUACUCCAAAAUAAACUUAAACGCUCUAAAUCGAGAGGGAGUAUAUUCAUUAAAGGCAAACAAGUAUACGAAGAUCCUAAACUUGUCACAGAAUUAUUUAGUGAACAUUUUUGUUUCUCACUAACUAACGAAAAACCAUUUAAUGAUUCAGAACCAAUCCCAGUAACUCCCUGUGAAAUUACUAAUGUAGAAUUCAGUGUACAAAAUAUCUCCAAGGCAAUCAGUACAUUGAAACACUCAUACACUGAUGGACCAGAUGGUAUUCCAUCUAGCAUGCUAAAACGUGGAGGUGAUGAUAUGUAUGUUUUGCUUCUCAAACUAUUCGCGAUAUCACUCUCUUCAGCGUGUUACCCCACUGCCUGGAAAACUACACAUAUCAUUCCCAAAAUUAAAACAGGACCUGAAGCAAACGUUGAAAAUUACCGGCCUAUAAACAUAACUUCAGUGGUAUCCAGAGUGAUGGAAAAAGUAGUUAAGGCGGCUGUAGUCCAACAUCUAAUAACUAACAAUCUCAUCUCGACCUCCCAGCAUGGAUUUCUUAGGUCCAGAUCAUGCGAUACAUGCCUAGUAGACUACCUGAAUGAUAUAACUAUGAAACGAGACAGCGGACUCCUUGUAUCAGUUCUAUUCCUAGACUUUAAGAAAGCCUUUGAUAAGGUCCCACACAAAAGGCUACUCGUCAAACUAAAGUCCUUCGGAAUACACAACCCACUGUACUCAUGGUUUGCUUCGUUCUUAACAGAACGUAAACAGAUGGUACAGUACAAUGACUGUCUCUCGUCCCCUAGGCCAAUCACCAGUGGAGUCAUCCAGGGAAGCGUAUUAGGUCCACUUUUGUUUCUUAUGUAUAUAAACGAUAUAUGUAACACCAUAGAAUUUGAGAGACCAUACUUAUAUGCUGAUGAUCUCAAAAUAGUAUACAGCUAUAAGCCUGAGACACUAAGCGAAAGUGUAUCCCAGAUCCAAAAGGACCUCAAUAACUUAACUAUCUGGAGUGAAAAAUGGCAAUUACCAUUAAACCUCAACAAGUGCGGGAUCAUGCACUUUGGAAAGCAUCCCUAUAAACCGCAACUUCACUUAAAUGAAAGUAGGGUCCAAACACUCGAAUCAGUACGCGAUUUAGGAAUUAAUUACACAGGAAGCCUGAACUUUGAAGAACAUGCCUCCUCUAUUAUUUCUAAAUCUAGACGGCUAAUUGGCUUUAUAAUGAAAAACUUUUUCACAACAGAGGGUAAACUUACUCUCUACAAAAUAUGUGUAAGACCCUCCCUUGAAUACUGCUCUUUUGUAUUCUCUAAUAUGAAUAUCACAGACAAGAUAAGAGUAGAAGAUGUUCAAAGACGUUUCACACGUCAACUACUAGGAUGCAACUCGAAUCUUGAUUACACAGACAGAUGUAAGCAUCUAUCUUUAGAACCCUUAUGGCACCGUAGGCUAAAAAACAAUUUAAUAUUUCUCUACAAAGCGAUAUAUGGGCUCUCCUUUCUAACCUCCUGCCCGACUAUUACCCACGACCCAGCCUAUAGACUUAGAAACAACGCAUAUACACUACUUACCGUAAAACACCAAAAACAAAUGCGUUGUAAGUUCUUUACAGUACGGUACAGUUUAUUGUGGAACAGGCUGCCAAUGCCUAUCCGUAAUUGUGAUACGUUUAUCAGAUUCAAAAGGCUAAUAACCCUAUUCCUAGACUCCAAAGAGCUUCAACAUUUCCUUGAACUCCCGCCCACCAAUGAGGCACUUUAUUACGGACCGCCUAGUAUCUAGAAAGAACAAAAUUAUAACAAGUCCGACUGUUACUAAUAUGAAUAUAACCAAAUCACAGAACAUAUGGCUUAUCCUUUCCUAUUAUUAAUUGUUUAUUAAUCAUGACUUCAUGCUCCUAACCCUAGCUUUCAGUUCCCAAAUCUCUACAGGUUAAAUCUACAUUAUUCUUCCUAAAAGUCAUGCCUUUUUUUUAUUCCACUGCAAGUAGACAGAUAGCUCAAUCUUAUGAAUGCUGAUCUACUAAGGCCGACCAUUCAAAGUUCAAAAUUUGGCCACAACGUCUUGUGAGUUUCUCAAUGUUUUAUUUGUCUUACCCUGAAAUUUUUUUUUCUACGAUUUUAUACCCUCUCAUAUCUUUUGAUUUGCUAUUAGUCCUUACUUCUUUAAACCAUUAGUUAUUUUCAUAGCAGUGUGAUAUACUAUGUGGACAUCUAACCCAUAAAACAAAUUUUUUUAACUAUCUGAUUUGCUUGUAACAUGGACCUAGUAGAGACAGUGUAUUCCAACUAUGGGCUUUGAUUAAAGCAGUAUUCAUACUUACCACAAACGUAAGAGAGCCUAACAUCACAAAAGGAGGGAGGGUGGCGUUACUGACCAGCAAACAUGAAGGUGGGGAGAUAACUUCAAUCCACCCAUGUCUGUAGGGCAGAACAUUUUGUUUAAUUACGGCUCCUUAUGGUUUAGUGGGAUGCCACGAACUUAUGGUAUUGAAGCUGAUCUAUUCACGCAAAAUACCUCUUUAAGUCGUGUUACGAACGUUGAAUUGGUUUCACUUCCUACCUAGAAAUCCUAUUGCAAACAAACUAGACAAUUCGCUAAUAUACGAAGCCUAAUCAAGACCCUAUAAUAACUGGGGGAAAAAUAUUUAAAAUAAACGAAAGAGGCUCUAAUAGCUUCGAUAUUAAAGGGAAGACAGCCAAAUGUAUAUCACAAUACUGUUUCUAGCACUAUAUUUUAUUUUAUAAUCACACAUAAUCUUAUACUCUCAGCUCUUUUCCGAAUCGCCCCCAUUUGUCAGUUGUAUGUCCACUCACACCUUGUCAACAGUUAUUUUCUUUAACAUAUUAAAAUGCUCUUUCUUAACAUAUACCUUAAUAAAGGAAAAUUAGACUGAGUAAUCAUACCUUAAGCAUUCUUUCAUGAAUAUUGGCUACUCUGCCUCUCGUGUUUUUUUUUACUUGCUCUCUCUUUCAGCCCCCUUGAGAUAUGGAACUGGUGACUUCAUCCUGCACCAUCCUUAAAGCCUUGGAUAUCCCAGAAGGAAAUAAGGUUGCGAUUUUUAGAAGCCCAUACCUUCAAUGGACCUAUCCUUGACCAUCAGUCGCACAUUCGCAACGCGACUUUCAUGAUGCGCGCCAACUGUAGUACUGAUUUAAACCAUCGACAUUCAUAUCUUAUAAAUUAUCAACCCAGCUAUGUAAUUUAUUGCAGUGUAUAUUGUAUCAUUUGUAUCAAUUUGAUCUUGCCUGUAAACUGGCAUGCCUCAUGUAACAAACUGUUAUUUGAGAAUAAAUUAUUAUUAU